AAUGACAUUGGCUCAAUUUAAGGAAACAACAUAUUAUAAGAAAUUGUCAAAAUGCAAUGCUCAAGAUGAUUUUAACCAUCCCCAAAAUAAAAACAUUGUAGAAGAAAGCAAGUAUUCUUUCUUAGAAUGGGCUUAUCAUGAAAAAUGUAAAAUGCAAAUUGAAAAAGAGGCCAAAGAACUUAAUCCAGAUAUAAAAGAUGAUGAACUAAAACAAAUGAAUGUUGAUUUACAACAGGAACGAUUUUUAUUAUUCUUAGAAAGAUAUCAUCAAGAAAUGAAAAUAAGUUUGAAAGAUAUGAAUAAGAAACUAGAUGAGGUCAGGACCUCUGUAUUAAAUCUUACUGAAACAAUUCCACGAAUGAAUGAGAAAACACCUCGAGUUUUUAUAAUGGUACCUGAACGUCGUGAGUUUAAAAAUCCAAUGUCAUGGUACACAAAUCCAUUCAGAAUGUAUUUUGUAUGUGAACACAAUAAUAAUUGGCAU